CCCCCACACAUACACACAAGCCCUUCCAAGAGUUGGACUCCCGAACAAGAACAGUAACCAGCGUCGAAGCCUCCUCACGACUCUUCUGUCUGCUCUUCACCCACCAUGAAGAGAAUUACACAACUAUUUUUAGCAGCCUUGCCGUGGCUGCUUUUCCUGUUCGCCCCGAAAGGGUUUUGUGACCAGAGAGUUCAUUGCCAAUGGGGACUUUAUGGUGACUGGUCGGAGUGUGAUGGCUGCACCAAAUUACAGACGAGAAGUCGAGCCAUGGCUGUCUACGCUCAGUUUGAAGGGAACUCAUGUGAUGGGGAGCGGACUGAGACCAGAUCCUGUGAAACCACACAAGGCUGCCCUCUAGAGGAAGGAUGUGGAGACAGGUUUCGCUGUCGAUCAGGGAAGUGUAUUAGUCAGUCUCUGGUGUGUAACGGAGAUCAGGACUGUGAGGAAGAUGGACAUGACGAACGUGCCUGUGACAUCCAAAAACACAUUGUAUGUCAAAAGUCAAUUACCCCGCCUAACAUUAAACACCUAGGACUUGGGUUUGAUGUGGUGUCAGGGAAGCGGAUGGCCGGUGUCAUCAACACAAUGAGCUUUGGAGGACAGUGUCGUGUCAUCUAUAGCGGUGUUCACAAUGCUCUCUACAGACUGCCCCUUAGUACUACCCAGUUCAACUUUUUGGUUAAAGCUCAGAACGACUUCAGUGAUGAGACGUACACCAGUAAAUGGCACUAUGCAAAGGACAUUGUCAAAAGACAGAAAGUUACCGGGACCACGACAGGAUAUAACAACUAUGACUUUCAUGAGACAUAUGACACCACUCAGAGCCAAAAGCUUUUGGUUUUAAAAAGUGACAUAGAAAUAGCUCAGUUCCAGACCAACUCUCAUCAAUACCUGCCAUUAUCUGAGGAGUUCUGGAAGGCACUGGUUAAACUCCCAUCAGUCUACGACUACGCUGCCUACAGGAAGGUUUUGGAGAGGUUUGGAACACACUACCUGUCUGAAGGAAGCCUCGGAGGCUCCUUCAAGGUCAUCGUCAAGAUUGAUGAAGAAACUGAAAGACGGAUGGUCAGCAGCAGCUUUAACUAUAAUGAAUGUUCGAGGACUAAACGUUGGAUUCUUAUAUUCCCCAUCACCCGCGUGGACUGCAAGAGUGAUCAAAAUCAACACACAUCAAUCACUGGUGGUCAUACCAUACCAAGUAAAAUCCAAGACGUGGAUGUGCAGGGAGGAGGCAUCGAACAUAUCGCAGCACUGAAGGGCCUGCUACUCUCUGAUCCGGACAGGAACUGGGAAAUAUACUCAAACUGGGCUGAGUCUAUCCGAUCAUUUCCACUGGUCACAAAACAAACGCUGCGGCCGCUUUCAGAGCUGGUGAAGGAGGUUCAGUGUGCCGGGGUGAAGAGGCUCUACCUUCGCAGAGCCAUCGAGCAGUAUCUUACAGAGAGCGACGCCUGCCACUGCCGGCCCUGCAGCAACAAUGGCAUGGUUACCAUGAAUAAAGACAAGUGCAAAUGCAUCUGUAAGCCUGGCACAUCAGGUCUAGCCUGUGAGCAAGGAACUGAAGUGGAGGGUCAGCAGGGAGUGAUUCACGGUAGUUGGGCCUGCUGGUCUGGCUGGUCAUCAUGCUCUGGGGUUCGAAGGUCAAGAAGUCGCUCCUGCUCUAAUCCCGCUCCUCAGAACGGGGGACAACAAUGUAUCGGAGAACCCACUGAGAUGUCUGACUGUGAAGACCAAGACCUGCAAUACUUAAAAACCAUGGAGCCUCAGUGCUUUGACCAAACUCUCCCAGCAAGUCAGAUUUGUGGUGCCCCGCCUGUUCUAAUCAAUGGCUACAUCCUGGUCCCUAAGGACAUUUACCUUGUGGGUAGUAAGGUUGAGUACACCUGCACUCACGGUUUAUAUCUUAUUGGUGAAAGCACCCUUCAAUGCACUGCUAGCCAAACCUGGUCUUCCAGCCCUGGACUGUGCACAAUCUCAAGGUGCAACCUUGAGUCCCUCAGCGAUGACGUCAUAGCAGCUCCUUUACAGCAGGCCUAUGGCAUUGGGGAGACAGUCACUUUGUCCUGUCCAGCGGGUAGACAGCUAUUAGGAGAAGCAACAAUAAUAUGCGACCCCAGUCUGCAUUUUUCACCAGACCCAGCAGACGUCAAAUGCAGCCCAGUCAGUACAUCACAACCAAGCAGCUCUUCUUCGGUGAAAUGUAAACUGUGGCAGAAGCCUUCCAGAGGAAUAUGUGUUUGCAAAUUGCCUUUUGAGUGCAGUUCAUCUUUGGAAGUGUGCGCCACUACCUCUGUGAGUAGAAAAUCCAUCCUUCUGAAUGUGUGCAAAAUGCAUGCACUGCAGUGUAUGGGGAAGAACCAAAUGAUAGCAGAGGACAGCACCUGCAAGUGGCCGGAGCGCAACACAACAGGCUGCACCAACUGUCACAUGUGGGAGACCUGUGACGAUCAAACCAACGAGUGUCGCUGUAAGGACUCUGCAGAUUGCUUGACCCCGGGAUCAAAUGUGUGUGUCCAAGUUGGGGAGGAUGCGACUGCAGCUUCUCAGACCAUGAGCGAGUGUGAAGCAGGACUACGGCGAUGUAAGGGAGAAAAGGUGUCAGUUGUCAGUAUCCUGCCUUGUGCUGCCUGAGGGUGCAACAACAGCUGACCUCACAACCUUAUAACUCCACCUUCCUUUACACAUUAAUCCUCUUUAACACUUGACUCAUAUUUUUCCAGUGAAGUGUCGUAUCAACUGCUUCACCACAUUGUACAAAUAUCCCAUUAUGCAUGUAUAAAACUAUAAUGUAAAACUGUAUUAAGAUAAGGAAUAAAGAGCAAAACACCAGC